AAGAACAACGGAAUUUAGAAGAAAAUGAUAUAGAGAAUUUACAACAGGUUUUAAGUUUAGAAACUGCUAUAAAUAUAAGUGGGCUUGCUACUUAUAUUAAUGAUAAUGAAAUUGUUCCAACAGAAGAGUUUUUAGAUGAUGAACAAAUUAUUGAUCUUGCAACUCAAUCUGCAGAAUUUGAUAGUAGUUCAGGUGACGAAGAACUAGUUUUAAUAAGUCAUAAAGAGGGAUUAAAUGCUUUAACUACUUUUAUUGAUUAUUUUAAACAACAAGCGGAUGCAGAAUUUAAAGUUGAAGAUUUGUAUACUUUAAAAAAAUAUAAUAAUAUUGUUAGAAAAAAAUAUUCGAAAAAUAUGAAACAAAAAACUAUAGAAAAUUUUUUUUAA